UAUAUCUAUGCUUCCACGUUGGAAGUUCGCGAACGUUGGAAGUAGUAAGUAGUAGUAUUGCGCAAUAAGUAUGACAACAUGUAUAAUGACAUGACAGAAAUAAAAUCUAGAAGCUUCUUUUUUCUCUGUGUGCGCCGCUGCUGAAGGAAGGUGCGAAAGAAAGAUUGUUGCCUUGAAGAUGAGCUCUGUGGCCGAGAGAUGUGUAAUAGUAGCAGUAGGCCUGCUGGCUGUGGUUGAUGGGCGGCCGACCCAGCUGGCAGGGCAAGCAAGUAAUUCCUAUCCACCGGAUUGCCAAGAACCUGACGCAUACUGGGAUGGAGAAAGGUGCAACACGUGCAUCAAGUGCCCUCUAGGGUAUGGGUCAGAUCACGGGCAAUGUGGGUACGGACUGGGAGAGAGGGCAGCAUGUGUGAUCUGCCUGGAAGGUAUAACCUUCCAGGAUGAAGAAUCAGCCACAGGCCCAUGCAAGCCCUGCCAACUGUGUGAUGACAACGCCGUAGUGAUUGCCAACUGCAACAAGACCCACAACGCUAUUUGUGGUGCCUGCAAAUCUGGGUAUGGCCGCCAUCCUGGUUCCAAACAGCUGUGCAGUCGAUGUGAAGACCUGAGCGAUGCCGAAAAGCCCGCGGAAUGUCCUACCACCCCACAACCCAUCACAGAAACCUCCCCACCCACACCGACACAGCCUUCCUCCACAUUUAGUGAAGAUGGAAAUAGUACACCACAUGUAACAGACCUGGUGACAGACGUACAUGUAGACACUACUAUUGCGGAUUCCGGGACUACAUCACUAAACAGUACCACUGUUGAACCUGGAAUUUUAUCUUUAUCGGCUGGAGGGAUUGCGGCAAUAGUAGUUGCCUGUGCCUUGCUCUUGUGUGUGAUAUCGCUGGCAGUAUUCUUGUAUAGAAAAAAAUGUGAACAGCGCCAAAAGCCACCAGGAGUAUCCAACAUAACUGAGACUGGAACUCCGGAGGAGAAACAAACACUAGCACAUGGUGGAGGAGACAUCGCUGCAGAUACCACAGGCAAUGGUGAACCCCGUCUGGCAAAUGAGGCACCCACUCCAGAAGUACUUGACAUUGCCAAUGGGGUUGUGCAGUAUUCUGCUCCAAAACAACGAGCACUGGCUGGCGGUGAUGAUCCAAGUCCCCUCGUGAAGAACCUUGCCAACGGGGUUACACCACCAGGUCCUGAGGAGAAUGCAAUGACUUCUGCAGUGGUACACAGGGAGAGCACCGAUAAUGCACAGGACGCUGGUGAGAAUGGAGAUGCCGUGCAGGGUACAGUCAUUGAGAGUGAUUCUACGGAUGGAAAUGUCUCUCCUCGCAUCAUGACUACCAUAGAAGAGGAAAGCCUGAGUGUGCCAAACAGACCCCCCUUCGCCAGACAAGACAGUAAAAAGUUACAGCAGAGAAUGGACAAGAUUUCAUCAACGGUGAAAACUGGCCCGUCAUUUCGACGCAGUAUUUCUCAACCAGCAGAUGAGAAGGAAAGCCAAAAAAUAAUUGAAAAACAGAGAAAUACCGGUAGGCCUGUAAUACUGGCACUGCCUUCCAAAGUACGGGAUAAAUGCAUUAAGAAUGAUGCAAAGAAGAAGGAGAAGGCAUUUGCUGAGAAAUUUGACAAAGCUUGCAGUUUGGGAAGAGACAUGUCAUGGGACGACCUUAGCAACCCGGUCAGGACAAAGGUCAAUCGGAUGUUGUUAGUUGCUGACAAAGCCUCAAAAGUGACAACUUGCUACAAAGAUCUGGGUGAAGAAUUGGGGCUUAAUCGUAAUGACGAACUGAAGUCAUGCAAGGAUGCUGAGGAUGUGUUUGAAGCACUGGCCACAAAGGAAGUGCCUCCUACGAUGGAAGAGGUGCUCCAGAAAUUGAAAGAGAUCAAAAGGUUUGAUGUAGCAAGGAAAAUUAUAGACGACAUUCUGUCGCAAAGGGGAAUCAGGCCUUAAAAGGAAGUGGUAGUGGGAAGGAUCUAUACCCUUUUUAUUCCUACAAAAUCCCUCAAACUUUCCAUGUUUGUUUAAAAGAUCAUUGAGGGUUAGGGUAAAGGACAAUUUUUUUGUGGAUUAUGUUUUUUUAUGUAAUAUUUGGAGAGAAAGAAUGUUGAAAUGACUUGUCUUAAUUGCUUGGCUGAUUUUGAUGCAAGUUUUCAGCAAAGUAAUGAAAAUUAAGAAAAUUUCAUUGGGAAAAAGAGAGGAUGACCAUAAAAAAAAGUCAUCUAGUUGAGUUUGAUUUACAUAAGGGAUUAUAUGAUCGAUUUAUGAAGCAAUUGAAACUUGGAAUGCUUUCAUGUACAUGCUGCCAUUGCCUACAUGUAUUCUCAGUUAAUGAUUGAGAGUUUCUUCACUAAAAUAGUAAUCAGUUUUAAAUAUUAAAUUGUUCUUGUUCAAAUUUUUAGUUAACUACAUGUAUCUUGUAGAAAAUUUGUUUCUAAUGACAUUGUAUGAAUGUUGAAAAAUGACCCGCUUCCAAUUUUUAAUAGCAAUACAAUAGACCAUUAUCAUGUUGCGGGCAUUUGGAUUUUUCCCAUUCAAAUCAAUGUAACCAAAGCGAGAUAUGAAGGAAAAAUAGUCUGGUUCCUUUUUACACAAAAACAGUAUCAUUCAGUACUGUUAUUGGAGACAGGGAACAUGACUGAAAUGGUUGAAGCACGAUAAUGGUCUAUUGCAAACACUGAAAUUACAGCAUUGGCCUGUAUGUCCUUGCCAAAAAAAGUUCUACAAAGCUGCAGUGGAUUUUAGUUACUUAUUUGCCUUUAUUUUAGAAAAAGAUACCAGUCAAGGGGGAAAAAAGUUGCCUAGCCAAAAUAAAAGAAAAGAGAGGCUGGCAAAGUUUGGAUUUUUGUGCAGCUUUAUGAAAAUGAUUUGUAAAUAAGUUAACAGCUGGAGAUAAAAAAUGUGUCAUUACUGAAAUACUCAAAUUUAAAGUUGUAAGAUAGUACGUAUAAAAAGGAUGUGAAUGUUAUCAAGUUGCUGAAAUCUCUGUAACUAUCUGGUUACAGAACUUGCUUUCUGAAUUCUCAGUGAGGUGCCUUUGCAUUGCCUUUUGUUCUUUGCCUAUACUUAGUAUCACUUAGAUAGUUUAUUUCAUUUAGUUGAAAAACUGGGGUAAUACUUGACUUUAAAAAGACUACUUAAGAUAUUUCCCGUCCAUUUUGAGAUGUGCUACAACUAUAUUGAGUUUCAGUGUGAUACCUGGCUAGAUAUUAAUCAUUUUUUUUCCAGUUAGGACAGCCUUGUUUUUCAGAUUAAAUUUGAACCUGUUUGUGAGUUGUGACUGGGUCGAGUUGAUAAAAAAAAAUCAACUCAUGGCAAAUUACUUAAUUUCCCUUCUGAUCGUUUUUUUAAACAAGAUUAAAACCAUAGAGAUUCUCGAUGUUUAAACCAAGUUAUAUGCAUUUUUCCCCCCACGUCUUUGAAAUAUGCUUUCCAGAAAUGUGACACUUUUGUAUUUUUGUAUUGCUUGUAAUACACUGGGAAUGUUCCAUCAUUCCAGUAUUUGUCUGUAAUAUUUUCUAGGGUACAUUCCUAAAACUUCGAAGGGCCAAAUUUUGCUUGACAGUGAGGUAUCUGUACAAGAUAUGUCUGCUCAGUUUGUUGUGCCCAUUACUGGUGCUUACGUCUUGCAUCACAACUAUCCUUACAUGUAUCUAGGGAGUGGGGCUUAGGCAACUGGAUUCCAGCUUAGGUCUUGUAGAAAAAAAUGUAUUAACAUACUCAUUUCAAUUGAAACAUCUCUCCAAGUUGUUUAGUGUUGAUAUUGUUAGGUUGUAUAGUGUUAAUAUUGUAUAUACACCGGAUGUGGUAUCAUUAUAGUUGGUGAGGUGCAUUGCUUGAAACUCUCUUUAUGGCUAUUUACACGGGUAUUUUCAAAGCACAAUACUUGGUAUGAUUCCCAUGUUAAUGCCAUGAGCUGUAGUUAGAAGUACGUAGAAAAUUGCAAUUAAGUAUUUGCUUUAAAACAGUUUAUUGUUGGAUGUGCUCCUAUGUGCAAUUAUGCACAGGGCAUUUUUAAUAAUCGUUCUACUCCAUUAAUUUGGCAUGUGGAUUCAUUACAUUACCUUUCUGCCGAUUUGGUAAGUGCUUCAAAUGGAUUCAUGAGCAUUGUUCAAAACUGCCAUUCUGUGUGUGUACAAAAUCAAUGACCAUGCCAGGUCACAAAAGUAAUUUAGUUUAUGAAAUGAAAAUGUAAAUGAUAACGAGGUUGAUAUGUAUAUAUUGGAUACUGGCAGAUAAAAAUAUUAAAGCUGUUAUUGUUAAUACAUGGACAGCAAUAUGGAGAGAUGCCUUGUAACGGUGCAGGUCAAGGCCCAAUCGUUUCGCUUGACCUCAAACUGAACAAGGUAGAUGACACUCCUUUGAUCUGCAGUAUUGACAUAAAUAAGCUUGAAAUAUUGUACAUACAAUGUACAGGGUUCAGAUGCAAAAGUGUUAUGCAAUAAGUCUUGGCUUUUAUAGGUCUAUUUUUUGGAGUCGUUGAAUUCUAUUUUUAUUCAUGGUGUAAAUAAACCUAAGGCCAAAAAAAAAAUAGUUCUGCUUCCGAUUACGUGGCAUUCGAAAAUAGGGGCAGGUAGGUAGGGAAUUUUUUUGGGGGGGGGGCAAUUUCUUUUGUGUACAACCAUAUGGAAGCGUCUGCGUGUAGUCAAGGGUAAAAGGUAUAAAUUGAUGGUUUCGGGUGUUCUUUUCCUCAUUUUUCCAAUAGAAAAAUUAGGGUAGGGGCUGUCAGAAUAGGGUGGUAGGGAAACCAGAAGCAGAACUAUUUUUGGGGGGGCCUAAUACUCUGUGUGUGUUAAAAAUGAAUACAAAUUACCCAAGCUGAUAUAUAUAUAACUUCUUUUGUAUUUGAACCCUUCUUAUAUUUUUUUUUUCAAAAUAAAACACCUGUUGUAUGUGUAACCUGGAAAAAUAGUUCAUCAGAUCACUUCAAAGAAAAUACAUAUGUAUAGAUGGGAGAGCAAAAAAAAUAAUAACUUCACACUGUUUCAGGAGGAUUGAAACGCGAAAUGGUUGAAUAAGUAAGGACCAAAAAAACAAAAACCUCUUUUUUUGAUAUGCUCAAAACAAAGUACUUUAUUGAUCUAAGACAAUUAAAAAAAAAAAAAAAAUUGUAAAUCAACCCACAUAAAAAUCAAUUGAAGUGUAGUGAAUCAACGAACAAAUCUAUUGAUGGUAUUUUAGCGAUACUACCAAAAAUGUAUUUGAUUUUGAGUGAUUAAUCUGCAGGUUAUUCUGCUUUGAGAGUGCUUAUAAGGUUUUUAACAAAAAUCAAAUAUUUUCGGCUCAUUCAGCUGAGCAAGCCAAAGGUUUUCAAGCAGGCCAUCUUAUCUUUAAUUAAUUACAGUUUGAUCAACAGACCGAGGUCCUCGAGAAUGCCAUGCUCAUUUUUCAAUUUAAUGUUGAUUGGUGACCAUAAGCAAUGGUUUGUGAAGCAAUAAAAUAUUCCAUAUCGCUGUAAAUAUUA